CUAAUCAUGAAGCUGGCGUAAAAAAAAAUUUUUGAUACUGUAAGUCUAAACCUCUGUUGGCAACCACUGCGUCACCGUGUGCGCGAUGACGUCUCAUCUGACGUACACGUCAGUCUCCCAGGCAGCGCGCUGUGUCGCUGAAAAGAUGGCGGACUCGCUGUCUACGAGUCUUGCGGACGAUCCCGAGAAGGAGGACAGGGAGAGCGGCGGCAGGACGUCGAGGACAUACAGGAGCAAGUGGAAGGAUGAUGGCAGGGAUAGCCUGCGGUUCAGCGACAAGAAUGGCAGUGGAAAGGGCAAGAAACGCAACCUGUCAGAUCUGUCCUUGGUCAGGUUUGUAACCACCGAGCUCACCAGGGGCUACUUCCUGGAGCACAACGAGGCCAAGUACACCGAGCGCAGGGAGAAGGUCUACACCUGCCUCCGCAUCCCCAAGGAGCUGGAAAAGUUGAUGACAUUUGGCUUCUUCCUCUGCCUGGAUGCCUUCCUCUACGUCUUCACUCUGUUGCCCCUCAGAGUGCUGCUGGCCCUCCUGCAGCUUCUCACACUGCCAUGCUGUGGUCUUGGUGGUGGGCGCCUCCUGCAGCCAGCCCAGGUGUGCGAUGUCCUGAAAGGCUUCAUCAUGGUCCUGUGUUAUUCCAUGAUGAGCUACGUAGACUACGCCAUGAUGUACCACCUCAUCCGCGGCCAAUCUGUCAUCAAGCUUUACAUCAUCUACAACAUGCUGGAGGUGGCCGACCGCCUCUUCUCAUCAUUCGGCCAGGACAUCCUGGAUGCGCUGUACUGGACGGCUACGGAGCCCAAAGAGAAGAAGCGGGCGCACAUAGGUGUCAUCCCCCACUUCCUCAUGGCUGUGCUCUACGUCUUUCUCCACGCCAUCCUCAUCAUGGUCCAGGCCACCACGCUCAACGUCGCCUUCAACUCCCACAACAAGUCGCUCCUCACCAUCAUGAUGUCCAAUAAUUUUGUGGAAAUCAAAGGAAGCGUGUUCAAGAAGUUUGAGAAGAACAACCUUUUCCAGAUGUCAAACAGCGACAUAAAAGAAAGGUUCACGAACUAUAUCCUCCUGCUCAUCGUCUGUUUAAGGAACAUGGAGCAGUUCUCCUGGAAUCCCGAACACCUGUGGGUGCUGUUUCCCGACGUGGGCAUGGUGAUCGCCUCCGAAAUAGCGGUGGACGUGGUCAAGCACGCCUUCAUCACCAAAUUCAACGACAUCAGCGCUGACGUGAGCGCCGUUCACACCAGAGGAAGCCCGCCGAGGCAGGAUGUUGCGACACGUCUGAUAAUUUGUUGUCUUUUUUUAACGUCACAGGUGUACGGAGAGUACCGAGCCAGUCUCGCCUUCGACCUGGUCAGCAGUCGACAGAAAAACGCAUAUACAGACUACAGCGAUUCUGUCUCCAGGAGAAUGGGCUUCAUUCCUCUUCCUCUAGCACUGCUGCUGAUCCGCGUGGUGAGCAGCUCAGUGAAGAUCCAGGGAUCGCUCUCCUUGAUGUGUGUGCUGCUGUUCUAUUUUGGGCUGAUCACUCUGAAGGUGCUAAACAGCAUUGUCCUGCUGGGCACGUCGUGCGCCUUCGUCAAGGACGCAAAUAUGGAGGAGAAACUCUUUGACCCGCCGCCCUCGGCCGUGUCCAGCCGCGUCAACUCCCGGGCUCACCGCACCAAGCCACCUCACACUGCCGCGACGCAGCAAGAACCGACGACGGACAAAGCCGGAAUACCCUUGGCGUCAGUCAGCCCGCAACCGGUCUACGUGGCAGAGAACACCACACUCCCCGGCGCCACGCUCGCCAAGAGCGACUCUGACACAUUCCUCACCACACCCGACGAGGAGGACGACGUCAUCAAGAUCAUCAACACGGACACGGGCAUGGACGAGGAGGUGCUGGCGCGCCGGACCCCCAAGAAAGACUUGCUGGAGAUCGACCGCUUCACCAUCUGCGGCAACCGCAUCGACUGAACGCCACAACGGCAGUGGCGACCGAUCAGUAUUUAUUAAUUUAUUACAGACACAAACCAGCUGAGGCUUGAAGCUGUUACUACAUGCCGGUCCGUGGCAACAAGUUCACCAGGGCUUGCUGGACCCGCUGCCGGUUGCUGCGCGACCUGCUUCAGACAGCGUGGAGACAGCAGUCACGGAAACCGGCGAUGUGAAACUGUUGCUGUCAUGGGUACAACUGCGCAGUGUUUUUUUUAAAAGCACAAACCAUAGUUGGCCAUUCUUUUAAGAAGAAAUUAAUUUGAGAGGGGUUUUUUUUUGUACUUCUUUUUAAAUAGUGAACUAAUUUGAGGUUUUUAUCUGAAGUGGUAGACUUGUAACAAGUUGGAAGUCUGUUGCCAUUUUUUUAAAAAACAUGUUACUGAGUCAUUAGGCCGUUUCAUGCGGUCUGGAAAAGCCGGCAAUUGUUUUGCCUUCAGGGUAGUUAUCUUGUUUGCUAGGGUAGAAUAAUGAUUUGGAGAGGAUAGUGACUGAGCCCUAUCGCGAAUCAUCAUCUGACCUCUCCCCAGUAUCUACAGGUGUGCCCCAGGGCUCCACCCUGUGUCCCUUGUGCUUCAUCAUCUCUCUUGUCCUCCUCAAAAAUCGCUUAAAAAUAGCAUUUAUUAUUAUCAUUAGAGUAUCGUUAAAAAGGAGUGCUCAGGUGCCUUGAUGUUAUUUGGUCAAUAUGCACGACACAGGAAGAAUUACAGCACAGUUAGAAACAACAUGGUUUUGGGGGGGGUUGGUUUUGUCUCAUGCAAAUGAGCACUGUUCACCAGGCACCUCUGGACUAUAGAACCAACGCAGAUUAUAACUUUCGUUCGCAUGGUGAUGAAGGACAAAGCGAGGGUUACUACGAGUCAAUGGUGUAAAUAAAAAAGCGAACUGGUAGAAGACAAAUUUCAUUACCAAGCUGCCAAAUUACGCAAAAUUAAUUGAGCACAUUUGUGCAUGUGGUGGAAAAAAAGGUCACUUUUACAUUAUAAUUUCCCUUCAACACCUGACACUCACUUCUUCCACCCUGUAGUUUUGCUGCGUCAACGCCGAUGACUCUGAUGUGGCAGUUUUGGGGGCAUUUCUAUGUGUGAAAAAGGCUAAUGACAACCAAUACAAGUAUAGCUGAACACCUUUUACACCUGGCGUGGGGAGACGUUUUUUCCGAUCAGGUGACAUUUUUUAACGCGCUCAAAGGGCCAAAAUAUGGUGCAAUCAAAUGUUAUAUAUUUGAUGAGCAUCUGUGGGGCUUUUUCUAACGGUCCCGCUGAGGUCCGCGGACCAAAGGUUGCCCACCACUGCUUUCAGUCCAGAAGAUUUUUAAAAAUCUUUUGACAUAGCGGGUAUGGGAGUUUUAAUGAGACUGCCCUCAUAUCAUGUGGUUAAAUGAUCAAAUGACCAAAUUUGCUCUCUUUUUCUUCUCGUCAUGUGCACGAGCAUCCGUUUUAGCUAAUUUUGUUUCCAAAUAAUCUCCGUACAAUCCGUCAAGAACAACUUUUUGCGGGUAAAAGGACUGAAACAAGAACAUUUUCAACUCAUUCUACAUAAAAUAUAUGAAAUAAUCUGUAAAAAAUGUAAUAAAUUUUGGGUUGUAAAUGUCUUUUGACACCAUCCCGCUGAUCCAGAUCGGUGGGAGGUCACCAUCACAUUGUUUUUGUACUGAAUUAUUUGUAAUAGCAUGAGAACAUAUUUAAAGGCCGCUAUCAUUUGGAGUUAAAUUCCGUUUUGGUUCCAUCUGAAUUUUAAUUUCAAAAACGGCAAACAACUCCACUUCCCUCAUGCUUGUCUCAUGUUAUAUACAGUGGCGAGAAAAAGUACACACACCCCUGUUCAAAUGACAGGUUUUUCUGAUCCAGAAGAAGAGACCAUUUGAAAAGUUUUAUAAACUUUUACAAGAACUGGGAAAAAAAAAUUGAGAGCUAAAGUAAAAACAAACAGCUGAGGUAAUGUGGUGGCAUAAGUGUGCACACCCUCUUACAACUGUGGAUGUGUCACAAUCAAACUCAUGUUGAAUGCAAAUAAGCACGCGCUUCCCCCCGCCCAUUUAAAGUGCCUUUGAUUAACCCCAAAUAAAUCGCAGCUGUUCUAGUUUUUUUUUCCCCCUUAAAAGAUGUAUUUUUCAAUUGUGUUGCCCUGAUGAUCAGGCACAUUAAGGAUGUGAAAAUUUUUGAUCUGAUUUUUCUUGAUUUUUUUUUUUUAAAUUAAGUGGACUCCCGCAUAUUCGUGAUUUGGCAUUCACAGAUUUUUUUAAAUAUAUUUUUGUAUUUUGGGGGGCUGGGCAAACCCCAUUUUUAAUGAAAAACAUUCUUAGUUAUUUAUCCCAUCCUCCAUCCUUAUCUUCCUGGGUCCACUGUAUAUCACAAAAACCUGGCAUUAGAUGGUGGGUGUGUAGACUUCAGCUGUAUCUAAAUACAGCCAUCUCAUCUUUUACUUGCUGCCUCUUUGAUUGUUUAACUGAACAAUGUUACUGAUAGCUUCUUGAUUCGCUUCUUGCUCAGUGAGCGUGUGCGUGCGAGACGUCAUCUUCACAGAAGAGGAAUAAAAGUUUUUGUUUUGUAA